GCAAAUGAGAAAGCAAAUCUCUUGAAACAUAAACAGUGGUACUUCCCUGGAGGGAGGAGAUGGGAAUUCUCCUGUUGCUCUGAGUGUUGCCAGGUGCCAGAAGUGGUCCCCAGUGGUGGUGGACAAUUAUUCUGAGUGACGGCCCUUGCAAGCGCUUCUGAGUGGUUAUCAUGGGCUUCAUUGCCUUUCUGAAGACCCAGUUCAUAGUUCACCUCCUCAUUGGGUUCGUCUUUGUUGUGAGUGGACUGAUCAUUAACUUGAUUCAACUAUGCACGCUAGUCCUCUGGCCCAUAAACAAGCAGUUUUAUCGCCGAGUAAACUGUCGCCUUGCCUAUUCGCUUUGGAGCCAGUUGGUAAUGCUGCUGGAAUGGUGGUCAGGCACAGAGUGCACCUUGUUCUCAGACGAGGCCACGGUGAACACCUUCGGGAAAGAACAUGUCAUCAUCAUCUUGAAUCACAACUUUGAAAUCGACUUCUUGUGUGGCUGGACUAUGACAGAGCGCUUCGGAGUGCUAGGGAGUUCCAAAGUUCUUGCUAAGAGAGAGCUACUAUAUGUGCCCCUAAUUGGCUGGACGUGGUACUUCCUUGAGAUUGUUUUCUGCAAAAGGAAAUGGGAAGAAGACAGAGAUACAGUUAUUGAAGGAUUAAAACGUUUGGCUGAUUAUCCUGAAUAUAUGUGGUUUCUCCUGUACUGUGAAGGAACUCGUUUUACAGAGACCAAGCAUCGUAUCAGUAUGGAGGUAGCUGAAUCCAAGGGGCUGCCUAAACUGAAAUACCACCUGUUGCCCAGAACCAAAGGUUUCACCACUGCUGUCCAGUGUCUCAGGGGAACAGUUUCAGCAGUGUAUGAUGUAACACUAAAUUUCAGAGGAAACAAGAACCCGUCUUUAUUAGGAAUUCUUUAUGGAAAGAAAUAUGAAGCAGAUAUGUGUGUAAGGAGAUUUCCUCUGGAAGAUAUUCCUCAAGAUGAAAAGGAAGCUGCAAACUGGCUUCAUAAGCUUUACCAGGAAAAGGAUGCUUUGCAAGAGAUGUAUAAUCAGGAAGGCAUAUUUCCUGGCCAGCAGUUUAAACCUCCUAGGAGACCAUGGACUCUCCUAAACUUUCUUUUUUGGGCCACAUUUCUCCUCUCUCCUCUCUUCACAUUUGGCUUUGGAGUUUUUGCAAGUGGAUCACCUCUCCUUAUCCUUGCAUUCCUGGGACUUGUUGGAGCAGCUUCCUUUGGAGUUCGUAGACUGAUAGGAGUAACUGAAAUAGAAAAAGGCUCCAGCUAUGGCAACCAAGAAUUCAAGAAAAAGGAAUAACUGACAGCUGCAGUUCAGCACAUAUAACCAGACUAUGGUAUCCGAUUAACUUCAGUUAAAAAACAACAACAAACACUUAGAAACUAUCUUUUUCUUAAUAACUGGUGACUAAUAUUAAUGAAUAAAACUUGAGCCAAGAAUGAAGAAGUUGGAGGCAUCAACUGAAGAGAACGCAUCAACUUUCUGCCUGUUUAAGGAUUACUGUAGUCAAACUAUGGGAGAAAAUCUGGGGUGGGGUGGAAGAAGAAACUAAUUUUUCUUGCUUUGUUGGGGGACUUGGGAGUGGGGGCAGAAAAGAGGGCAUCACAUGCAUCUUCAGAUGACUGAAUACACUGGUUUCUGUCAAGAGCACUACACUCACUUGUACAACAGGAGCCAUUGAAUGUUUCCUCUUGCUAAAGCCAACAUAAUGUUUGUUGAUUUCCAACUUUUUUUAUUAAUGAGCCAGGAAAAAACAACCCUUCUUAAAUUAAUUGACAGAUGUUCAUUGGGUUAGAGUCAUUUUGGAAAGGCUGUGUUGUCAUGGCUACAGAUGAAAUCCUAUUUGUAUGUUACACUGAUAGUUUUUAUUUUCAGGCAACGUCUUAAAACUUCUGUAAUGUGAGAGAACGGGUAGUGGAGUUUGGAAGCAGAGCGUUAUUGAUCAGCACAUACCAUAGAACAGAUCCACUAGUUUUAAAACAGUAUAAAAUUCUCAUCAUAUCUCCUAACUGCUCAAGGCUGUUUAAUUUCAAAAUAUUACUUCAGUCUUGAGUGUCGUUUGCCCUGUUUCACAUCAUACAUGUAUGAUA